AUGGGUGACAUUCAGAUUCCAAAGAAGCACAAGGCCGCUGUCUACGACAAGCCUGGAUCGAUAUCGACGAAGAUUGAGGAGCUGGAUGUGCCAGAGCCGGGUGCGGGAGAGGUGUUGAUCAAUCUGACGCACUCUGGUGUCUGCCACUCAGAUAUGGGCGUCAUGCUCAAUGCCUGGAGGACCCUCCCAUUUCCCACACAAGCAGGCCAGGUUGGAGGCCACGAAGGAGUCGGCAAGAUCGUAAAGAUGGGUCCCGGAACUGAGAACUCUGCAGUCAAAGUCGGUGACCGAGUGGGUAUCAAGUGGAUGGCUGGAAUUUGCGAAGCAUGUGAGCCUUGCCGUGCUGGAAUGGAUGCAAACUGCUUUAACGGUAAAAUCUCCGGAUACUACACCCCCGGCACCUUCCAGCAAUAUGUCCUCGGUCCUGCAAACUAUGUUACUCCCAUCCCAGACGGUCUCGACUCCGCCGCAGCCGCACCGCUCCUCUGUGCAGGCGUAACAGUCUACUCCGCUCUUCGCAAAGCAAACGCUGAGUCAGGAAACCACGUGGUCAUCAUGGGCGCCGGCGGUGGUCUCGGACAUCUCGCUGUUCAAUACAGCGCCCGAGGAAUCGGACACCGCGUAAUCGGCAUCGACCACUCCAGCAAAAAGGACCUAGUCAUCGACAGCGGCGCCGAGCACUUCAUCCCUGUCGACGGCACCGAGUCGCUCGCCGACGCCGUAAAGGCCGUGACCCGCGGCCACGGCGCACAUGCAGUCGUUGUAUGCACCGCACACCAGGGUGCGUACGACGAGUCCGUGAACCUCUUGCGAUUCGGCGGAUGCGUUGUUUGUGUUGGCAUUCCUGAGGGUGAUAUGAAGCCCAUUGCGUCUGCUAAUGCGGGAGUCAUGGUUGGUAAGGCGCUACGGAUUGUUGGGUCCGCGGUUGGGACAAGGAAGGAGGCGAUUGAGGCGGUGGAGUUUGCGGCGAGGGGAAUUGUGAAGACGCACUACAGGGUGGAGAAGAUGGAUAAGUUGACGGAUAUUUUCAAGGAGAUGCAUGCGCAGAAGUUGAAGGGGCGUGUGGUAAUAGACUUGUCUGACUAA